UAACCCAUUAAAUCUAACACGGUAAUAAUACAAAAGCGGACUAUUAUAUUAUUGUUAUUAAAUGGCGUGGAUUUAUAACAUUUAAUAUAAAAACUGUUUGGAAUACAGUGUUCUUUUAAGUCUCAAUCAGCAAUCUCUUACUUAACACAUUCCAAACAUGAAGGUCAUCGUUAUAGCAUUGUAUGUGUUUGUUUGUCUGGCGUCGGUCGAGCCGAUAAGAAGCCCCAUUCAGUCCUUUUUGCCCGCCAAAGCGUCGGCGCUCAAAUGCUUGUCAAACAAACAUAUUCUCCAAUAUGCAAAGAACGAUCCGCAAUAUGAAGUGGACGCCGAACUGCUGCACUUUGCGCUGAACUUGAAAAAGUCUAAAGACAGUAUAGACGACCAAAAGGCAGUCGACGAAUAUAUCGACAACUUCUGCUCUUCCAAAACGACAAUUAAAACACAAAUAGAAAUGGUUCAUAACCUUAGAGUCGAUUGUCGGACGGCAAUGAAGGAAUGCGCCACAGAUUUUCUGAAUAAAUUAGUCUAGAUAACGACCGUGGUCGUUUUAUGUUGAAAAAUUAAGUUAUACUAUUAUUAAGGCGGUCGGAAAAAAGCCGCCUUUACACAUUUAUAUUUGGCUGCACGAUUUUUGCUUUAAAUGUUCAUUAUAAUUAUAACAAUACAUUAUUAUACAUAUUAUACGUAUUGAACGAAGUUUAACAUUGAA